UGUCAUUAUACACUCUUGAAAGUUGAAACGCCCUUAGCCCCAUCUCAAGAAAAUAAGCUAUCAAGUUAAUUUCUCUAUUCACAUGUUUAAAUCGAACAGAUAAGUCCCUCAUUGCAGCCUCUAUAUUUCCCAUCUCUCUCUGAAAUCCCAAUGCAUCAUACCAUCUUCUGUUAACCAACUAAACAAUAAGCAUAAUCAGAUUCUACCUCAACACUAGAGCAUAUCUCAAACCAUAAUAGAAAUGCAUACAUGCCCUUUGCAAGUGUUUUCUAGGAUUGGGACUAUUUGCCCCACUCUAUUUGUUGCAGUGCAUAUUUCAGUUAAGCAACCAUGUAAUUUCGUAAAAAAUAAAUCCCAAAUUAAGAAACCCUAAGAAGCAAUUUAAUGAAAUUUAAAGCAAGCAUCCUAACCACUGCACUGGUCAUCAGCACCAUUCUCUAAAGAAUAGACUGAAAGGGCCCAAGGGGCCAAACGAUAAAUAUGGAGAAGAUUUAUAAGGUGUCUGUGAAGAAGACCGUAUGGUCAUGUCCAUUCAUUUUCUGUGCCGAGCAAAGCAAUAAUGCCGCUGCUCCUGUCUCCCUAUCAUUCAAGUUUCUCAGUCGUCAGCAACUCUACCCCGAGACUUUUGAGUUGGAUUCUUUGGACUAGUUGGUUGCACAUUGCUUGGUUGCAUUUCAGAUCCUCACAAAAACAGGCGCGUUUGCUUGAGAGAGAGAGAGAGAGAGAGAUGAAAGGAACAUAUGGGAUGCUAAUCGUCAUUUUCAUGUUCCAAAUUCAUCAAGCAGCAGUUUGUGGUACUCAAUUACAUAAUGUCUCUAAAUUUGUUCAAAAGUGGCAGGUUCCAGUAGCCUCAGCAGGAAGAAAAUAUGAUUUCAUUUACCUCGUCCAACAGUGGCAGAUUUCUUUGUGUAACAUAAAGUCUUGCCUAAAACCAGCAAGGCCAGCAUUUAGCAUCCAUGGGUUAUGGCCAUCUACUUAUUCAACGAAAACACCUUCCAACUGCACUGCUACUGUUAGCAAGUUUGCACCGCAAAAGAUUUCAGACCUCAAAGAUAGAUUGGACAUGGAAUGGCCAUCGCUCCUGCAGGAGAGUAAUUAUGAGCUCUGGAAAGAAGAGUGGGAAAGCCAUGGAAGUUGCUCUCAAGCCAUGCUCCCUCAGCAUGCAUUUUUUGAGACAGCACUCAGACUUAAGGAGAAAUAUAAACUCCAGGAAAUGCUAGCAGAGAAAGAUAUUUAUCCAUUUGGUAACCUCUACCGCCUAGAUGGAAUUAUCGAUGCCAUUGCUACUGCUACGGGGCACAAACCUCAAAUACAGUGCAGCUUGUACAAGCAAGUACCUCUGCUUUCAAACGUUUUCCUGUGCUUUGACUACAAUGCAACUAAUAUAAUCGACUGCCCCGUGAAGAAGAGAUGCCGAUAUGAUGAAAUAAUGAUCCCUUACUACAUGUUUGGUUCGCGAAGAAACUAAGUGAGAGUAAGGAAAUGCUAGAGGAAUUACUUUUCUUCCUUUUUCCCUCUGUUUGUCGUAUAUAUGCUUAAUUUCCACCAAAAAGAAAAUUCCAUUUAUGACAUGCAAUCAGGACGCCGAAGAAAUCAUAUCAUGUCUAGUUGGGGCACAUUUA